AUGACGGUCGAAAUGACGACGGCUCACUUUGAUGACACUCUGGAAACAGUUCUGUCGGCGUCAUUCUGUGGCAUUGUGUUCUGCGCCAUGUGGCUUAUUUUUAUCCUUGUGGAUAUUGAAGCCAGCAAGGUUUCCUUUUUCACAGUUGACGUCAGUGGCAAAGACAUGGAUUUGCAGCUCGAUGUGACCACGGACGAUGCCAAUAGCGGCAAUAACAACGACAACAACAACAACAAUGGAACAGAAGCGGAAUCAGAACCACAAUCAAAAAGUGAACCAGAAAUCAAAGCUAGACGUGGACGACGCGUCUCGUGUCAGUUCAAGCUGAUGCAAGCUGGAUCCGUGCUGUUGUUCAUCCUGUUGACAUACUUGUUGUUGGUCGCUUCGAACGCCUCGUGGUGGCUGUCAGCAGUGGGCGGUUUGGCAGUGUUUGGAAUGUUUUUGCGUUUCCAAAUUGGUGAUGAGAUCAGACUACAAAGAUGGGAUCGAUUGACGCUGAUGAUGAGCCUGUUAUUGUUGAUUGCUGCAUUUCUGAAUCAUGCCACAUAUGCCUGGAAAGCCUUGGCACAAGGAGAAAUCUACAUGGGACCUGCCCGUAUUUUAGACUAUGAUAUGGGAGCGUUCAACAAUACGAUUAACGGUACCACCACUACUCGUACUAACUUGGUGGUUCAAUGGGGAAGUGACUGGGGAUGCCCAUUCUCUGGUGGAAAAAUUUGUGAAGCAGAUGUAGAAGGAGUCAUGUGCGCUGUCAAGCCGGGUUCCAAUCGCCGCCGCAGACAAACUCGUACCCUUGUGAACAAUCAAGCGGGGGUUACACAUUCUAGUGGUGGCAAUGGACCUGGGAACAAUCAUCAUCAGCAGCAGCAGAACGGUGCAGGACACAAUGGAAACGCGGUACCCCAAGGAAAUGGCACUCAUGCUGGAUGGGGAAAGAACAACUCCACCACCACCACCAACAACAACAACAAUAAUGAAGAGUUGAAGCUUGAGAACGAAAAUCAAGAUUUGGAGAAGGAGAAUGAAGAGCUAAAGGAGGAGAUCGAGGCGCUGAAGGAAAAAGAAGACGAACAGGUUGAUGAAAUGAUCGAUGGCGAAACGGCCGUUGAAGAAGAGAUGCUUGGAGAGCAACUGGAAGAGGAUGUAGAUAUUAUCAACACCAAUGAGGAGAAAGAAGAAGCUCUAGCAGACGAGGAUGAAAUGGAAGAAACAAUGGACAAGGAUGAGAUUAAGGAUGAGUUGAAAAACACGAAUGAUGACAGUGUCAAGGACGAAUUGGAAAAAGAUAUUGACCUCCUUGACGAAGAGACAGCUGAAACGGAGAAGGACCUUGACGAAGUUUUGGAUGAAGACGCGGAUCUGGCCGACGAGUACGAAGAGUUUGCCGACGAAGAGUAUGAUGAAGCGGUUGACGAGUUUGAUGCUGAAAUUGACGAAAUGUUCGAUGAGGAAGACUCCAACACGGACUUGGAUGAAAUCGAAGCUGAACUCGACGAAACUGAAGAACAACUAGAUGAGGACGAAGGCAGCAGUAGCGGUGGGUCUAACCAGAACCAGCAUUCAGAAGCAACUGACGAUUGGACUUGGGAUGAUAUGUCUUUUGAAUAUGACGAUGACAUGUUUGAAAACGAAUAUUGGAACUACGACUGGGACUCUGCUUGGGGAGAAUAUGGUUGCGGUGAUCUCUUUGAAACUGAAGUUUCAGGACAGGUACACGAUCCAUCGAUCCCAGCUGGUAAAGAUGACGAUUGGCCAUUCAUCAAUAUUUACGGCAGUUGUAAAUAUUGUGAUGCUUACGUCUUGGAUUACUUUGCAGAAGAGGCAUUUGAAAGACUGGAUGAAUACGUGCUCAGAGGGGUUGUCUUCAUGGGUCUUGCAUUCACAGGUAUCCUGAUAUCAUUUGUAGGCUUCGUCAAGUACAAGCUGGCUCCACCAGCAGAGAACCAAAUCGAACUGCUGGGAAGCGAGGCUGGGGUUAUUGCUUAG